CAAGAUUAUGUGUAGUUACCAUCCAAUGUACAUUCCUUAGCCUUAUAUAAAAGAAUCUUUUCAGCAUCUUGUCCUAAAGGUUACGCAGUGUUCGGUGGAAUUUGCUACAAGGCCGUCGACAAAGAGAAGACCUUCGGCGGAGCGGCCGCUGCCUGUGGUGAAGACGGCGGCAUCCUCGCCAUGCCCCGAGACGCUGGGACCAACGCCUUCCUGGUCUCCUUGUACAAGUCCGUGAGCGACAAGGGGGAAUUCUGGUUCGGCCUGCACGAUCAGCGCGUAGAGGGAAGCUUUGAGUGGGUGGAUGGUUCUGCACUUGGGACGUACAACUCCUGGGCUCCGGGAGAACCAAACAACCGUUGGGAUUGGGGCAGCGAAAAUUGUGUUCUUUACUCCCCUAUAAAAUCAGACAAGUGGAACGACGCUGAAUGCCACUGUCCGUAUCGCUUCAUAUGCCAGGCUGUUCCAGGACGUCCACAGGUGACAAUUGGAACUCCCACCACCACCACUGAUUAACGGCUGUCGGACAGUGAAACGUACCAGCCAAAACGUGAAACCUCGACUUAUAGGCUCACAGAAUAGUACCUUGUUGUAUAGCUGCUUUACCUGUUUGUGGAGUGGUAACAAAGAAUGAAUAGUAAGACUGUAUUGAU